UGCUAUACAGCUCACGAAUUUAGAGCCAGCCGAUGUGAAUGUCCUCUUUCUAGUGCAAGUGGUAGUGCCCUUAAGACUAGCAGGGGCCAGAGGCAGCCAAAUAUUUGACAAACUAGCAUUCGUUGGCUAGCCAGCUAGGAGUUAAAAUAAUACACCGAUAACAAUUAUUUUCCCUACACUUAAGCCGCUUACGUUUAUGCCAAGGAUUUAGGUUUCCGUGUAAACAGGAUGUCAACUCCAGCAAGACGACGUUUAAUGAGAGAUUUUAAACGGCUGCAAGAGGAUCCUCCAGCUGGAGUUAGUGGUGCCCCAUCGGAAAACAAUAUCAUGGUAUGGAACGCUGUCAUUUUUGGACCAGAGGGAACACCUUUUGAAGAUGGAACCUUCAAACUUACCAUCGAAUUCACGGAGGAAUAUCCAAAUAAACCUCCAACAGUGCGAUUUGUUUCAAAAAUGUUUCAUCCAAAUGUGUAUGCGGAUGGCAGCAUAUGCUUAGAUAUACUUCAGAAUCGUUGGAGUCCAACCUAUGAUGUCUCUUCAAUCUUAACUUCAAUACAGUCUUUACUGGAUGAGCCAAACCCAAACAGUCCAGCCAACAGCCAAGCAGCCCAGCUGUACCAGGAAAACAAGCGGGAGUAUGAGAAGAGGGUUUCUGCUAUUGUUGAACAGAGUUGGCGUGACUGUUGACCCCUGUUAUCGUUCAAGUAUGAACAGUGUCCGGCCCAGAAUCGAGAAACCACAGAUCAAGAAAUCAACUGAUCUCACAGAAAUAAAAUGACACAUCUUAAAAUCCUUCUCAAUAUAUUUGUCCCACAACUGUUGCUAAGUUUGUAUGUUGUUGUGUUGUGGCAUUCACACUUGCCGAAUGCUAUUGUUUGGCAAUAGCGUAUGUUUGUUAAAAGUUAAUGUACCUUGUUGUAUCUGGGUUACUUGCUACAUGCCUACAACUAUUUUUCUUUAAAAAAA